CUAAGUGUCAGAGGAAGACAGAUUAAAACCAGCAGCUGCAAGAAAACCAUUGAGAAAAAAUGUGUUUGUUUUCCUCUCACGACGACCUCGACUCACCCACUCAGAUCCUGCAUAUCUGAUCCACUCAUGACGGAAGUGAAGAAUGAGAAGAGGAGAAUAUUAGGAUGAGGAGCGUCUUGUGAAGAGUAGAGACUCUCAGAGAGGAUGGAGGACAGAAACACAGCCAUGAUCGUGUUGCUCCUGCUCUGCGUCACGGCAGAGAUGCAGGUAGACGGCCUCUCUCGGGAUGUGUGUGCUAGCUGCCAUGCUAAAGCUACAUGUGACGACAAAUCAGACGGAUCUGGAAAAGUCUGUAACUGCAAGUACGGGUUCGUUGGCAAUGGGAUACGUUUCUGUCAAGAUAAAGACGAGUGUCAGAUCGGAGCCAGUAAGAUCUGCGGGCUUCACACCGACUGCCACAACACGCAAGGCAGCUACUUCUGCACCUGCCUGAGCGGAUUCACCCCGUCCAACAACAUGAACCUCUUCACCCCCAACGACAGGACGCACUGCCAGGUGGUAGACUGCGGUCAUCCGGAGGCAGCGGAGGACACGGUGCUGCUGUCGGUGUCAGGGACGACGUACGGCAGUGCGGCCAUGUUUGUUUGUGAGGAGGGCUUCGUGUGGAGGAGAGGAAACAACAGAUCUGUGUGUGAAGAUGACGGCCUGUGGAGAGGAGGCAACAUGAGCUGUGAAGAUAUUGAUGAGUGCACGGUCACAGGCCUUUGUGGAGAGGGGGGGCAGUGCAGGAAUCUGGAGGGAAGCUUUGAGUGCAGCUGCAUUCUGGGAUAUAAAGUCCAAAACGGAGCCGAGCCCUUCCACCCUCCCAGAGACAAAGCUUCCUGCAAAGUGGUAGACUGCGGUCGUCCGGAGGCAGCGGAGGACACGGUGCUGCUGUCGGUGUCAGGGACGACGUACGGCAGUGCGGCCAUGUUUGUUUGUGAGGAGGGCUUCGUGUGGAGGAGAGGAAACAACAGAUCUGUGUGUGAAGAUGACGGCCUGUGGAGAGGAGGCAACAUGAGCUGUGAAGAGGUGAACUGUGGCCCCCCCCCAGCCGCCCCUCACUCUCUCAGGCUGUGGGACCUGAGCUCCAGGCCGGGCUCCAGGGCGAUUUAUCAGUGUAACUCUGGAUAUCAUAAUGUGGGGAAAGGAAAUGUGUCGAAGUGUAACGCUGCAGGAGAAUGGGAGGGACCGCCGCUGCUCUGCAAAGAGAUUUUGUGUGGAAGCCCUCCCAUAAUUGAGUUCACUGUGCAGUUGUGGGACGGAAGCUCAGCCCCGAGCAGCCGAGUGCUGUUUGUCUGCGGAGAGGGCUUUAAAAACACAGGAGGAGAUGAUUCAUCCAUCUGUGGUGAACACGGUCAGUGGAGCAGCCCCACUCUCACCUGCCAAGAGGUGGAGUGUGGAGUCCCUGCUCAGAUCCCUCACUCUGAGAUGCUGUGGGAUAAAAGCUCCUCAGUGGGAUCUCUGGUGGUUUAUCAGUGUGUCUCUGGAUAUGGAAAUGUUGGAGAGGAAAAUGCGUCUGUGUGUACGGCCAGAGGAGAGUGGGAGGGAGCCUCUCUGCAAUGUGAAGAGAUCAGGUGUGGAGAGCCUGUUCUUAAAGCCCACGCUGCAAUGCUUUGGGACGGAUCCUCUCAGGUUGGCAGUGUCGUGAGUUACAGAUGUGAGGAGGGGUUUCAUAGCAGGGGGCUCGGAAACUCCUCCCUGUGUGGAGAGGAGGGGGAGUGGGAGGACCCUGACCUGUGGUGUGAAGAAAUAAGCUGUGGUGCCCCCCCCACCCUCCCCCACACUCACCUGCUGUGGGACGGCAGCCAAUCGCUGGGCAGCGUUCGGCUGUACGGGUGCAAGGAGGGAUUUGACCAGGAGGGGGGGAAUAAUAUGUCCACGUGUUUACUGUCAGGAGAGUGGGGGGAAGUUUCUAUGAAGUGCAAAGCUAAGUGUGGCCCGGCUCCCGUCCUGCAUCACUCGGAGGUGGUUUGGCACAACCGGAGCGUUGUGGUGCACAGAUGUGAGGAGGGAUACCACAGCUGGAGAGGAAGCAACGUCUCUGAGUGUGAGUCCUCUGGAGAGUGGAGGAGCGCUACACUCUCAUGCAUAGAAUUAAAGCCACCUGUAAAUCAUCUUCGUGUCCUCAAUGAGAAAUGUGUGCAGUGGAGAGCAGAGAAGUACGAGGAGGACACAGAAACAUACAAGGUGACGUACACGGGAUCCAGAGACUACCAGAGGUCCUUUCAAGAUAAGAGGAAGCGUUUUCUGAGCUCUAACGCCGACGAGCUGCAGCUCUGUUUAAAUCUACUUCCUGUCACAAACUACAGCAUCUCCAUCACUGCAGCCUCCUCCAGGUUCACCGCCUCCAUCACCACCAACACCAGCCUAACAGUGCCUCCAGCACUAGCUGUGGACUACAGAGAGUUUGAGACUCCUGUACCGACUCUGAGGCUCCGCAGAUCUCCAAACACACUCGACCCAAUCAGUGUGUUUCAGGUGUUUGUGCUUCCUGUGGACGGGAACAUAAUGUUUGACUGUUCCUCUCCUGCGAGCUCAGACCCCAAAUCAAAAUCCUCUGCAGAGUACAUCACGGGACAGUUUGAUGUCCAACAUGUCAGGACGGAGAUGAACUUCACUGUCGGGGACGGACUCCUCUACGGAGGCUUCUUUAACGCACCGCUGCAGAACGGCAGGAGUUAUUACAUCAUAUUAAGAGCUGUCAGUCAGUGGAAAUCAGCUUUUAAAAGUUCCUGUGUCGUGUGGGCUAAAGUGACAGGUACCUCGUAUGUCCUGAGGGUUUCCUCUCUGUCGGCUGUUGCAGCUGUAGGACUGGUCGCCUUUGUUAUUAUCGGUGGAUACAGUUUCUGCUGGUUUUUCAAGAGGACAUGACACUCGCUGAUGUCCUGUCAUUUUUCAUUUUAAUAUUUAUGUACAUUUCGCAAAUAAUUGUAAUAAAGUUUUUUUCACCUCAUAAA